GGGUUCCUCCCCCAUUCUGCCGACUGUGCUUUCCAGUGAAGCGCCGUUGAUCUCUCAGCCAUAUUUAUUCGGCUCUUCGUUGGCUCAUCGCAUCUUUGGAGAAGGGCAAUUUUGGAGCCGAACCUAAAGCAUCGUCAAACCCUAAGGCAUUCGGAAUCAAUCAGCACGCUCUCUCUCUCUCUCUCUCUGGGUGUAUUUGUUAUCUGACUUGUGGCUCAGAACAAUGAAGAUUAUUGCUGCGUACUUGCUUGCCGUGUUGGGAGGCAAUGCCAGCCCUUGCGCCGAUGAUUUGAGACACAUUCUCGGUUCAGUUGGCGCUGAGGCUGAAGAUGAGAAAAUUGAAUUCCUCUUGAAAGAAGUUGAGGGAAAAGACAUCACUGAACUGAUUGCUUGUGGAAGAGAAAAACUGGCUUCAGUUCCUGCUGGUGGUGGCGGUGGUGUUGCAGUGGCGGCUGUUGGUGGCGGCGGUGGCGGAGGUGCUGCUGCCGCUGCCGCUCCUGCAGAAGAGCCAAAGAAAGAGGAGAAAGUGGAAGAGGAAUCAGAUGGGGAUAUGGGCUUCAGUCUCUUUGAUUAGAGAGUAUUGUUAAUGGUGCUGGCUGCUGCGCUUUACGUUGCCAAGUUGUUGGCUCUUGGUUUCUUUUGUAUUGGACAAUUUUUGUUUAGGUUACUAGUUUUAAGUAGUUUAAAUGCUAAAAGUAUAAAUUCGAAUGUGGCGUGUACCUUUCAUUUGAUUACGAGUGCUGGAUUUAUUUUGAAUCUUAAUUUUACAUGAAAUAUUUAUGGAAUUAGUUGUUCUAUCCA